GCAGAGUAUAUUUGGAGGCGUUGGGGCGACCGCUCGCGACAGUUGUGCUUGGAACGCUUCGGAGUGAAGAUCGUGCUCGUCCGAUCGGUGCGCGUAAAAAAGAAAAUACACGGCGAAUGAAUUUGAGCCAAGACUUCCCCCAAACAAUUGACAAGACACGUUAAGUAAACACAAGUGAAAAAGCAACUGCUUGAGAGCAAAAAAGAAAUUGUUUUUUACAAAUCUCGCACGUAAAUUAGCAAGCGUUCGCAAGAAACAAGCCUCACACGAAUAAAACAAAAAACCGAUAUUAAACAACAAAACUGAAAUAAAACCUAAAAAAUUGGCUGCAAAUGUGAAGAGACGAGAGACAGCGGAUAUUCCGAGUGAAAUUUGUGUCAUAAGCAAAGCCAAACAGCCAAACGGCCAAACAAAACGAAAAAGCCAAGCAAAAUAAAGGCGAUAAGUGACUGUGAAACUGUAAAGUGAUGUGUGGUAAUCGAAAAACAGCAUAAAGAAUGGCCAUAGACCUCCUGAUCCUGGCCCUGCUGCUCGUCUCGUUCCUGAUCAACCUGCUGGCGCUGUGUGCCUUCUGGAUAACGCCGGGACUGAGGACCACCGCCAACCGCUUCACGAUCAACCUGCUGGCCAUCAACCUCAUCGGCUGCUGCAUCUUGGCCCCCACUCUCUUCCUUGGGCUGCCAGGCAAGUCAGCGGAGGUAGCCUCCACGCCCACAGAGACCUUGGAGUUCUUCUCGAAGCCGGGAAACCACCAGGUGAUCCUCCGGCGAAAUGGCCAGCUGGUGGAGCAGGACGGCGUGGUGGUGCGACGCAACAUCAGCGAGAACGGCGAUUCGGUGGAGACGUUCUUCAAGUGCAACGCCACCUACUGCCGCGAGUUGACCAUCGACGAGCGCGGCGAUGGCGGGUUCGUCAUCACGGAGACGGAGACCCACGAGGAGAACCUCUCCGCCUUCGAGGGCCAACCCACAGCAGCUCCCAUCCUGCCGCCCGUGCAACUGAGGUGCUGGUCCAUCGACAUGACCGCCGCUCUGGGCGCUCUGGCAGUGCUCCUUGUGGUGGGGGACACCUGGUGCGCGGUGACGGAUCCGCUGCGGUACCACAGCCGCAUCUCGGGGGUGAAGACCUGGAUCUUCAUCGCACUCACCUGGGUGGUGGGCAUCCUCUUCGGGGCACUCUCCGCCUUCCGGGUGCUCGACUUCGAGGCGGACACGCUGUUCAGCAGACAACGCCGCCUGGCAGUCACGUACUUCAACAUCAGCAGCACGAACAGCAUCUUCGGCGUGGUGUACGCCAGCGUCUACUUCAUCGUCAUCAUCCUCUUGCCCUUCGGCUUCGUGUGCGGAAUGUACUGGAGGAUCUUCAGCGAGGCGCGCGGCAACGGGUUGCGCAUGCGCCAGAAUGGCUCUUCGCCGCUGCUGCAGAGCGCUCUUAAUCUGACGGCUGGCCAGCAGGCGGCCCAGAGCAAUCAGUUCUCCAACAGCCUGUGUGUCCAUCGGCAUUCCAUUUCCUCGGCAAGUUCACACGGGGGAAACAGCAGCUUGGGAAUCGGCGGUCUGCAGAUGCAGAUUGACCAGCGCCAGCAGCCCAGAAGUUCGCCGAGUUGCUUGAGAAGGGAUUCGGCAGCGAAGGUUCUGCUGCCCACGAUUUCCGAUGACGGUGGUUCGGAUGCGGAUGCAGAGAGUGGAACUGGGGUCCAACUGAUGCCCGUGCAGGAGCACGCGCUGUCGGACAGGAACCAGAACAUCAUGCUAACACUGCAAACGGCCAGCGGGGAGAUCAAGCGGAACUACUCCGCCAGGCAGCUGCCUCUUCUGGGAACCUCCUCGCAGGACCUGAGGGAGGCGCACCGCAUGCAGGGCAUCCGCCAGGUGCACAGUUCCCCCAAUCUGCACAAGUACACGGAACUGCGACAGGAUUCGCUGGGCGAGGAGUGCGGCUCUCCGCAUUUGUUGGGCCACGCGCAGCGGCAGCAGCAGCAGCACUCGCAGCAGUUGCACCUGCAGCACCAGCAGCAGCACCACCACAACCACCAGCAGCAGCACCACCCGCACUUCAGUUCGCCGCGGCAGCACGGCCACGCCCUCCAGAUCCCCGCCAUCCACGCCUCCCCCAAGGCUCUCAGUUACAUGAGCUCCCUGCGUCAUCGGCUGAGCAACGCCAGUUCGCUGUUCAAGUACCGCGAGGAGUCGCGUGCCGCAAGGAUCAGCAUACUGGUGGUGGUGAUGUUCGUGGUCUCCUACCUGCCCUUCGGCUUGCUGGUACUUCUGCAAUCCCGCCUAUCGGCUGCCAACUUUGGCGGCUCCUCGCAGCUGGCCAUCUUCAUGAUCCUGCUGGCCAACCUCAGCUCGCCGUUCAUCUUCGCCUACAGGAACAAGCGGGUGAGGAGGGGAGUGAAGCGUCUGUUCGGCCUGGAAUCUUCAGCUGGUCUGCAGCGCCACUGCAGCAGCAGCGUGAAGACCAACGGCACCGCAGGUCCUGCUGCAGGCGGAGCGCAGCUGCAGCGCAACAGCAGCAAGUUGUCGCAGUACAGCAGCAACAGCUGUCGCUACCUGACGCCCCAGAGUUCGCUGGUGGGUCAAGUGCCAGUGCACACCACACUGACCUUGAGACCCAACAGCAGCUGCAGCACCAUCAUUAACUUCGGUGGCGGCAAGGGUUCGGCGGACUCUGAGGAUCCACCGCCGGCCACGCCACCGCCUACUGUUGCACCACCCACCCCAGCACCACCGGCUCGCCCGCUGCGCCCCAAACUGCAGAGGGGCAUCACCAUCGUGGAGCAUAUAGCCAUCACCCCCACGUCGCCGCAGAAGUUCCAGAACCGGCGGGCCAGACUCUUCGACAUGUUCUUCCGCAGCUCCAAGAAACUGCAGUCGGGCUGCCAAAGUCAGAGUUUGCCCACCGAGGUUUAAACGGGGCUAAGAACUAUAUAACUUAGAGAGUAGACAAACACUAAACUCGCUUGCUGAAGAAUUCUAAAAACAGUAUUCGUAAUUUGUAAGUUUAGCAAUUAGCAAAGACAACUGUUUGAACUUGAGUUUUAAGACCAGAUCAUGCUGUCCUAGAAGCUUCUCAUGCCAAAAGAAAAAGAAAACCACAAACACAAAGAAAGUCAAACUGAACAGUUUGAGAUGCUUUAAAUUAACACAAAAAAAUUAACACAAAAAAAACAAAGUACCUUUUAAUGAUUGAAAACUUUGUACAAGUCAAAUUAACAGAGAUAGGGUGACAGGAGUUAUAUCUUAGGGUGGAUAUCAAACUGAAAAGUGGAACCAAGCCAAGCCAAGUCGAGAUCGUAAUCAAUGUACCUAAGCAACAAGCAUAUGAACAUUUAAUGUUUUAACUCAAGUGAAACCACAAACAGCAAAGACAGCACAGUUAUUUCGAGCUCCCACAAGUAAUUUAUUAUUUAUUGUAGCGAUUGUACAUAUUUAUUAGACAUCCACACCGCAAAGCUUUAACUCCAAAAAAACAACACAAAAAACACAUUCUGGCUAAACGAGAAGAGACGGAAACAUUCAAUUCAUAAGUUAAUUAAGUCAAUGUGCAAAGCAUAUGUGUAUUCUAGAGCCUAAGUAGUAGAGCCGAGUAGUCUUAAACCGAGCACCUAGUGCCGAACAGUGCUUUUUUUUUAGGUGGCCAACGUCAGCGACUUUUGCAGGCGGCGUUUUCAUAUUGAAAAUGCCUUUUGGCCGGUGCAAGGGUGGCUGGCGGUUGGCCCAGUCUAUCAGUCAGUCAGCAGUUAGUUAGCCCUUGGCUAAGUCAAUUUGCUUUCCUAGAACUCCGCGGGCAUUGCGUGCAGCUAAAUACCUCAUUAGAUUUAAUUUAAAGUGCGAUAUGGACAGCGGCAAUAGGUCAAAGGUCGGAGCCAUCGACCUGGCUUAUGCAUAAUGCAUGGGAAAAUGUUCGAUGGCCCUGGCAUUUGUCUCUCUGUUUUAGUCCGCUCCCGGCCAGAAAGCUUUAUACCUUAAGUUCUCCUGCUUUGAUUUCCCUCGGCUGCACUAGAAAAAAAACAAAACCCAAGCCCAAAAUCAACACACUGAUACACACACACACACAAAACACUAAACAACCUCGAAUUUAUAUUUCUAAAGUUUAUAUUUUAUAUAGAGUGUGUGCAUAGGAAAUAUCUAUAAAUAUUCAUGCAUGUGUGUCGGACAAGGAAAAUAUUUCAAAACCAAUUAUUGUGAUGUUGAGCAAGGGGGCAACCAAGAAUGUAAUUUCGAAAUGCAUUAAAAAUAACUUAAAACAUGUAUUAAUAGAUAUACUAUAUACAAGCUUAUGUGUGUAUACAUACCUUUACUAAAUAGUGAUAUUUUUUCAAAUUUAUUCUACUGUCAUUCGCUAAACCAUUCGAUGUAAGAGCAAAAAGCAAGAGUUAGAGAAAAUGAAAAACAAAAACAAAAUUCAAUGUGACAAAUUAGCUUUUAAUCUGAAGAGAAAAUGCAGCAAACACGAAUAAUUAACAGCAACAAUUGGUGGCUAUUGCAAGUCUAAUCCGGUAUAAUCCAGCCAAGCUGCUAACAAAUUCAAAAAUAAAAAACACAACCAAACCAUACCAAACCACAAAAAGAGCAAGAAACUAUUCAAAUAAAAGAUUAUGUGUCUUAAAAGAA